AUGUACAACAACAACAAAAAUAAUCCACUGAUUCACAAUCCUGCCUUUGCCAUGCCCUUUCCAGUCAUUGAGAUUGUGGCAGAGGUCCUACUCCAAGAACCCCGUGUCGUGGGACCGGUGCUGGGCACCUGUCCGACAGCCGUGCGACGAUUUUUGCUCAUUAAUAUUCUACACGUCUUGACAUCCAUCUUGAUGGAUCUCAUGCUCAGUUCGUCCGUGUCGGUACAUAAUGGAGCUUAUUCCAUGGAGUGGACCUUUUCACAGAAAAAGGCACACGACACUUACACACGCUAUUGGAGCGAUCCGGUGCUUGUCCGCAAGCUCCUCCAGGAAGCCUUGGAGCGCAUCGACUUUGAUGUCGUCGAACAAGAAGCCAAACAGGCGACACCCUGGAUGGGACAGCAACAAGUCUAUGCCAUGGCCUACAAGGUCAUGCUCAUUGUCUUUUACAUUAUCAAUCAGGAUACCGAAUGUCGAUUCAUGGGACGCAGUGUCCGACAAAGGUUUGACAAGCCAUCAUCGUCAUCAUCAUCAUUGCUUGUAGCCAGCCAGCUAGCUAGGUAUGCGUAG